UUUCCUACCUAUUUCAGAAAAUAUUUUGUAUCUUUACAUACGUCUAUCAAUAAACAAAACAAAAUUGAAUUUGAUUUAUUUGAUAAACUUAAGCAGUGUAAACCGGCUUAAGGUGGAACAGUGUAAAAAUUUCAAUACCCACUAAUACUGCUAAUCAAAAACUUUUUGCCAUAGCUUAAUUUUGUUAAACAAUAAUUUCUGUUAAAAGUAGAGGUAAAGCCUGUUCGAUAAAGGCAACAGAGUUUCUUACUUUCACUGAGCUAUAUUUUUUCUCUCAUUCGUCCCUUUCUGACACCAGGAAAUGUACCCGUAAUCUUACAUUGGAAAUUGAAUAGCUGUAACUUCGUUAAUAAUUGUCCGAAAUGAACGAUUUUUAUAUUGUUUUGUAGAGAUUUUCAUUACUUUUCAAAAAAACAGGCUAAAUUGUGUUUAUUGGGCAACCGCUAUUGCGCAUGGAACACUCAAUUUGUAUAACAGGCAUCAGUAUUCAAAAUCCUACAAAAUAAAAAAAAAAAUAAAAAAAAAAUCGGUUCAGUAGUUCCCGAGAAAAUUUUUGGCACAGACAGACGGACAGAGACAGACAGACAGACCAAUGGCUAAAAAUGUGUUUUUCGGACUUGGAGGGCUCUGAAACGUAUGGAUCCGUCGAAAACGGCAGAUCGGAAUUUUGACCCAAAAAAAUAAUAACUAAAUAACUUAGAGUUGUAGCUAAUGGUCUCGAAAUUUGCAAACAACACUACCAACAGAAACAAUUACUAUUCCAAUUCAAAAUUCCCGCCAAAAGAUGGUGUGACUUCACAAAUCAAAAAUGGCGUCAACAUACACCACAAUAACAAAUUAUCUGGAGUCAUUAAAAAACAAUAUAUAUAACAUUUAAAAUUUCAUUAAUUAACCAAAAUAAUACUUCAAGGCACUCAGUCAUUCGCUGGCUGCCGCUCACUCGGUAUUACUUCAGAGAGAGGCUGUUAUAUACGCCAUUCGAUAAUGAAAGUAGCUGUAAUUGGAGCCGGAGCUUCUGGCCUGAUAUCUGCCAAAGUACUCUCUGAAAAAGGAAUUAAUUACGAUGUAUUUGAGACUGGUGAUCAAGUUGGUGGUACUUGGAUUUAUUCAGAAAACACAGUAGAUAAGCAUGGUCUUCCUGUUGCAUCUAGCAUGUACAGAGAUUUGAGGAGUAAUCUUCCAAAGGAAGUAAUGGAAUUUAGUGAGUAUCACUAUAAUAUUGAAAAUGUCUCAUACAUAACCCGCUCACAAGUCCUGGACUAUCUUCAGUCUUUUUGUAAUGAGUACAAUUUGAAAGAAAACAUAAAACUAGAACACUUAGUAACAAAGGUUUCUAGAACAGAAGGGGGUUGGCUUUUGACUGCUAAAGAUUUAAAUCAUGGAACAGAAAGUAUAAUGUUUUAUGAUGCAGUUUUUAUAUGUAUUGGCCAUUAUAGUUUGCCAAACUAUCCAGAAGUUGAAGUUAAAGAAUCUUUCACAGGGCUAUCUUUACACAGUCAUUAUUACAAAACACCAGAUAUAUUUGAUAAUAAAAUUGUAUUAGUCAUUGGCAUGGGUCCUUCUGCCACAGAUAUAACAUUCAACAUUCAUCCGAAUUCAAAACAGAUUUAUCUAAGUCACCACUGUUCAGAAGAAAUUAAACAACUUUUUCCAGAAGAUAUUAUCCAUAAACCUGACGUAAAAGCAAUAGAAGGGAAGACUGUAUAUUUUGAAGAUGAUACCAAUGCUGAAGUUGAUGCAAUUUUAUAUUGUACAGGAUACAAAUAUAGCUUUCCAUUUCUUGAUGAGAGUUGUGGAAUCAAAGUUUAUAAUAAUUAUGUUUCACCGUUGUACAAACAAGUAUUUUCAAUAACACACCCGACCAUGAUCUUUAUUGGGAUUCCAUUCAUGGCAUUUGUGAUUCGUAUGUUUGAAAUACAGGCAAGAUGCGCGCUAAACGCCUUGACUGGUAUCGCCAAUCUUCCACCAAGGGAAGAAAUGUUGGAAGAUAUGAAGAGCUGGGAAAAAGUUCAAAUUUCUAGAGGUUAUUCUGAAAAUAAAUUCCAUAUGAUUUCAGAUUAUGUAUAUCAGUAUUUCAGAGAUCUUGAAAAAGUAGGAAAUGUGACACCUCCUUGCCCAGAUGUUUUAUUUAAACUUUUUUAUACAAGUGGAAAAAACAGGAAAAAUAACUUAUUAAAGUAUAGAGAUAUAGUAUUCAAAAUCAUUGAUGCUGAAAAUUUCAUUAUUAAGUAAAAUUUUGUAAAAUAAAAUGAAAGAUAUUUGUUUAAUCAGAUAAUGUAUCUUAUUAAUGUCCAUAAAACCAAUGGUUUAUAAAACUUGUAAAUGAAAUAUUUUAUUUUUAUUUCAAAAAUGAUGCAGUGAAAUAUUUUUUGGUAUUAAUCAUAAAUGAAUUAGCUUAAAGAGGCAAAGCUAAGCCAUACUAGCAGUAAUACUAAAAUGAAGGCUAACAAUUUUAUUAGGACAGCAGAGCAGUACUGUGUAGACUAUGUGAAUAUCAACUCAGCAAAAAUGAAUAUAUCCUUCAAAGUAAUUUGGCUAUAUUUCUUAUUCAUUGAGACCUAAAGGCAUAAUAAUGGUCUGGAACAGUGAUCUCUAAACCUUUUAGCCUGAAGGCUACCCUGAAUCCUACACUAUGCCCCAAAGGUCUAGACUAGGGAUAUCCAAAAUAUUUGUCCCGCAGGGCACAUUGAGACGUUCUGAAAGUCCCACGGCCUGCAUUGAGACCUCCACCUAAGUCCCACAGGCCAUGGCUUGAGAUGAAAAAAAAAUCUUGUUAUAU